AGCCAAGCAUCGCCAGUCUUCAACAUGUCGUACAACAUGAAAGCCGCGUUCACUUGCGCUGCCGUCAGUGUCCUGCUGCUGAUCCUGGCCGGGCCCAUUCAGGUCCAGGGACUUUCCAGUGGAGCUCCUACAGCGGCCUGUAUCAGUAUGAUACCCGGCCAUGGACCCGACCCUCAGACAGGCCCAUCGCCUUUCGUGACGGUUGUUUCCGAUAAGAUGGUUUCGACCAACACUCCCAUAAUGAUGGACUUGCAUCCCAGUAAUAUUCAAAAUCCAUUCAAAGGUUACCUUGUGAUGGCUUUCGAUACCAAAAAUCCAUCCGUAGCGAUUGGCACCUUUAAACAGUCCAAUAACGGCAAAUUAAUUGACUGUCACAGCGGCUUGAAUAACGCAGCCACGCAUAGCGAUCCAUCCCCUAAGACCUCUGUCAAGCUCGAGUGGACUCCUCCGUCCGACUAUUCCGGUCAAGUUAUCUUCAGGACUACAUUUGUAAAAGAGAGAAUGACAUUUUGGGUCAAGACCGAAUCGGAAACUGUCACCAUCGGCGGCCCACCGUCAACAGCGUCAACAACGACAGCUCCUGUUACCCCGAAGAAGAAUUUGGCCCCGUCACAGUUCGUCAGUGUGACGUGUGGCAACUUGAUUUUCCUCUCGUUGCUCAUUUUCCUAGUGCGAUAGUUCUUCCAGUUU